AUGGUCUUAGUCGGUCUUCUCCCCAUCCUCGCCUUCGCAGGUACGAUCCAAGCUGCCGCGAUCCCCAUCGACUCAACUCCACCAGCUUCACCUGCACUCUCUCUCCCCGCCGGUGGGGGUUCAGCAACUUUCUCGCCCGUUCCCACUUUCUCACCUCAAUUGGGUGUUCCAUCACCCACCUUUCCCAAUGCACCGUCAAUCGAUAACACUCCAGAUAUUCAUCAGAACACUUCUGGAGGUGGGAGAUAUACCCAGGAUGGCUCACAGGGUGGACUUCGAUCAGGUACAGGUGUAGGAAGAGGUAAAGGACUGACUAAUGCGGAAAGGAUGCGAAGAGGAUUAGGUAUCUUGCCACCUACUAGACGAAUGACUGGAAAACCUUCAAAGAGAAGUGGUAUCCCAAAUGGUUCACCUCAAGUGGACGCUGCUCAAUUUCAAUCUCCUGUCAUGGAUGGGGAUGGGGUGGUGGCUACGCCAAAUGAUGGAAGUAUUGCUGAGACCUCUUUACCAGAUGACAACAAUCAAGAUCAGGAUCAAUCAGGAUCUUCAGACAUCAACCAAGAUAGUAACGACAACGCCAAUAAUAAUAACGAUAAUGAUCAAACGGCUGAUAUCAACGAUGGAAGGGUGUUGGCGUCCAAGAAAUACGCUAUGAGAAUGACCAACCCUGAAGAUGGCAGUGAUAUGGGUUUGAUCACUGGACCUCAAGGGGAUGAUAAUCCAUUAAUCGGUUAUUCUCCUUCCCCGGCUGAACCACUGCAAAUGACCAUGCCCACCGACCCCUCCUCCAACAGUCCAUUCUCCAUCGUACCCAGCUCCAAUCCCGAUUCAGCCGGCGACGACUCAACAUUCAAAGGUCCUCGGAAGCUCUUGGCCGCAGUACCUCAUCGAACCUCCACUGAUCCAGGUUCGGGGGACCUGAUGCCUGGGAAUGGGAAUUAUGCACCGUUGGGUAUGGGUUGGAAAGACGGAUCGGGACUUCUCCACAUCAAUAUCCAAGCUUUGAUUAACCAUCCUGAGUCCUCUAUACCUGGCUCCCCCCUACCGCUUCCCGCAAGUGAUGAUCCGACGUCCGACCUUCCGGUAGAUCCCUCGACUGUGUUCGGAGCACCCAAACAGCUUUUAUCCAGACCUGGGGGAUCGGUCUUACCUUCCACCACCAACCUUCCGGUCGAUACCUCAAACCUACCUUUAGGAGCUUCUUCAGAUCCUACUUCCCUCCUUCAUGGGACCGUCUCCAACAUUCCAUUGGGAGGUGGAUCGUUCGGUGAUCCGCAAGACACGUUAUGGACUUUUGAGAAAGGGUCGAAUAAGCUUUUGGCUCAGUAUGUCAAUUCGGAUGGAAGCACCGUCCCAACAUACUUCGUAACUGGUGGUGACUGUUCACAUACUAUCUGUCUAACGGCUGAUGUGAAUGCUUUCAAGGAUGCUCAAGGAGGUGGAGCUCAUGAGGUGCACGUUUUGGCCGAAGCCCUUGCCGAUCUCUAA